AACAGAAACAACACGAAUCUACGAAAUCGUUUGUGAGGAAAAAAAAAGGGUUACAGUUUUGUGAAAUUAUGGCCGAUAACCUCUGUGGGUCAACUUCAAAGGAAUGUGCAACUUGUCAUAAGAAAGAUUUACUGAUAAUCUCCUGUGAGGCGCAGCAACACACUUUCUGUUUGUCUUGCCUCACAACAUUCGUUGAGUCACGCACAUCCACAGGAAAACCGCCAACUGGGUUGGCAAUGCGCCUUGGCUGUCCUUUGGGGUAUAAAUGUGGAUCACAACUUGAACCUUACCUACUGCAGGAUAUCAUUGACGAAAUUGCUGCGACAUCAAAGGAGAAAACCUCAAGAGGUCCUUCCUGCGAUGGACAGACUUCUUCCAGGUCUUGUCCGAAUGAUCGAUGCUCCUUUAAUUUUCGGCCCGAUGACGGCGAUUUUGAAACUCUUUAUCCGUGGUGCCCAGAAUGCUGUGCAUUUUAUUGCUGUACUUGUCAAAGACGACUUGGAGAUGAAGGAUACGCCGACCAUAUUUGUCCAGCCGGUCAGAUCACUGACAUAACUAAUGAUGCCGUAGCAAGCCAAACAUUGUGCAGAGUAGUUUGCGAGGCUAUGUUUGUACGAUGUCCCAGCAACUCUUGCCAGUCGACUGACCGAGCGGAAGACCUGAUAGUGAAGAGGAAUGAGGAUUGUAACGCUAUAAAAUGUUGGACAUGUCAAAGAUUCUUCUGCUUCAUUUGCACGAAAGACCUGGGGAUGAACAGAGAAGAUGCACUUAAGGCAUUUCCACACAGGAAUGCUAGCGAAGCUAACGCUCCUUGCUGUUGGCUCUUUGACGAUGGAUUGAGCGGAAAUACUAAAACAAGAGCGUUACUGAUACGGCAGAUGAAUGCAGCAGCCGAUUAUCUUCGUUCUCUCCAAGUGAGCAACGAAAAGAAAUUGAUUUUGCUGAAUAGUAAUAGGGAAGUACUGGGGGAGGUAUUCACGCAUUUGAUCAAGAAAUAUGGACCCAAAAGAGACCAAGAGAAGUGUGUCAUAUUGUAGAGUUUUUAAAAAGUGUGUUAUACGCGCACUAAGAUUUUGAAGCGCUUACUUGAGAACAGAGCUAGUGAUAAAUGUAUUAUAAUGCAAAAAAGGACUGCUCUUUAAGUAAUGUAAUUACAUAUUAUACGUACUUCUUAAUCUGUUCUAGAAAGGUUGAUUGAAAAGUCACAUUUACCUUUUUAUUUCAAUAUUUGAACGGAAUCAUAAUUCUACAUUAUAAUAAGAAAGCUUUCAUCUGGACAGGGCCCCUUCAAAAGGCCAUUUGAAAGAUGCCCAAGCUCUUAUUAUUGUAAGGCCUUGGAUUCGAAAUUUAUUAGUUUUUCGUGACAUAUAAAGCUCAUUUUUCAAGAAAGGUUUAGCUGUUAGCCUAAUUUUAAAAUUAACGCUUUCGGAACUCGGAAAUGGCCUAGUGGACGGUGACUCAAAAAAUAAAUAAUUCUGACAGUGCUUGAUUUUUCAGAAUACAUAUUUCGAAAAAAUACAAAAUCCUACUUGUAAAUCUCGGUAUAAAUCCAGCUACAUUUUCCUUGUAUAUAAAAUCAUUGAGAAUUUUAAUCACAGUUAUAUGUGAAUAACCCAGAUUAUUGUUAUGAACCGUGACUUCGUGUAGAUCGCGAUGAAUGUCACACUUAAUGAUUUCUUUUCCAGAGGAAAUAUAUUUACUAUUUGAAUCGGUUCAGAAA